AUGCCUAGCUUCAACCAUACCGGGGUUAACCAUGUCGUCUUCUAUCUGCUGGGCAUUCCAGGUCGAGAAGACCUGCAUAUGUGGAUUUCCAUCCCAUUCUUCAUCUCCUAUGUCUUGGCCCUCCUUGGAAAUGGUCUGCUCAUCUUCAUAAUUCUCACCAAGAACACACUCCACGAACCUAUGUAUCUCUUUCUCUGUAUGCUGGCUGGAGUGGACAUUGUCUUUGCUACAACCACAGAGCCCAAGGCACUGGCCAUUUUCUGGUGCAACAGCAGAGAAAUUUCUUUGAAUGGCUGUAUUGCCCAGAUCUACUUCCUACAUUCUUUCUUCAUUUCCGAGUCAGGAAUCUUGCUAGCCAUGGCAUUAGACAGGUACAUCGCCAUAUGCUACCCACUCAGGUACGCCAUGAUCCUCACUCACUCUCUGAUAGGGAAGAUUGGUGUGGCUAUGUUCUUACGAGCACACUGUACAAUUUUCCCCCUGAUAUUUCUCCUGAAGAGGCUAACUUUUUGCAAAAACAACAUCCUCCCGCAUACGUUCUGUGAACACAUUGGCUUGGCCAAGUAUGCCUGUGAUGACAUCAGGGUAAAUAUCUGGUAUGGAUUCUUUGUCCUCAUGUCAACAGUGAUCCUAGACAUUGUCCUCAUUUUUGUGUCCUAUGUGUUGAUUCUCCGUGCCAUCUUCCACAUCCCUUCUCAAGAUGCUCGCCACAAAGCUCUCAACACCUGUGGCUCUCACGUCUGUGUCAUCUUCCUCUUCUAUGGGCCUGGGGUCUUCUCAGUCCUCACCCAGCGCUUUGGACGCCAUAUCCCAAUAUACAUCCACAUCUUGCUGGCCAAUGUCAGCAUGCUGGCGCCACCUAUGCUGAACCCCAUUAUUUAUGGGGUCAAGACAAAGCAGAUACGAGAUCAAGUGGUAUAUUUGUUAUUUCCAAAGCUGAAAUGA